GUCAUGCAUAGUUCAAGAUCGCUCACAUAGCGAAGAUGAGAAUCGUAUAACAUCUGUAUAGCGCAAGAAAUUCGUUGUUUGUGUUUGUUUGGAAUGUGGAAGAGGUGUGUUUUUGCGGUUGUGUACAGUGACGUAUGGCUUUCGAAUGUUAUGUUGUUUUGAUUUCGGUCGAAGGAGUUGUCACGAAUGCGAUCUGCUGAACGUGUGUAGUUUACUUUUGCAAUAGCAUUUAGGAACUUUUGUUGGUAACAAUACGAAUGCUGGUCACGAAGUUGAUUACAGGUUUUUAAGGGUCGUAUCGAUGUUCGAAGAAUCACUAGACAUAUUUUUUCUGACACCUGAACCACAGUAAUUUUGAUAAUGUUUACAAAUGACCUGUCAGUUCGCAUGUCCCGUUAGUCAUAAAAAGAUUUUGUUAUUUGUUGUGGCAUGGUGUUACUAUUCACUGUUCAAAACUACGCAGAAACGUCAACGUUACGAAAAUGAGAGCUCGUGUGAAACAAAAAGUAAUCCUGCAACCAUUUGCGACAUGUAUUUGUACAUUAAUCAUUUCCGUGCUGUGUGUUCAAGCUGCACAUCAGUCACUCCCAUGCGACAAGUCUCGUAAGGUUUAUUCAAAUUCAUGGGGUGUAAUCACACAUGGCCCAUCGGGAUCCAACUACACGCAAGACUCACAUUGUGAAUGGCUCAUUAAAGCAAAUAGCAGUCAUCAGUUCAUUACAUUGAACUUUAAGACAAUGGGUACAGAAUGUUCAUACGAUUAUAUAUUUGUAUAUGAUGGUGAUUCCUUCCAGUCAACUCUCCUGGGAAGUUUUAGUGGAAAAACAGAACCACAACAAAUAACUGCAUCAUCUGGUGCUAUGCUAAUUCUACUCUACAGUGAUGCAAAUUAUGUGCUGGAUGGUUUCCGUGCUGAAUACUCAAUUACUGAUUGCCCCAACAAUUGUACAAGGCAUGGAGUAUGUGUUGGACAUAUGUGCGUCUGUGAGGCUGACUGGCGUGGUAAAGACUGCAGUAAGGAACUAUGUCCUGAUGAAUGUGGAAGCAAAAGACAGAGGGGCCGCUGUGACCAUGGGAAAGGCUGCAGCUGUCAUCCUCAGUUCUCUGGAGAAGCUUGCAGCUUAGAUAAAGCUGAUAACAAAGGCAACAGGUGGCAUUGGCUGUCACGUGCGGAAUCUGGAUUCUCUGCUCGGGCUGCACAUACAGCAGUUUAUUACAAUGAAACAGACUCCCUUUAUGUAUUUGGAGGUUACGAUCUGAAUAAAGUGUUGGGUGAUAUGGUGGUCUAUAAAUUCAAAGCAAGUCACUGGGAAGAUGAAUAUGGAAAUGUGAUAGAUGGAACAUCUACACUUAAAUUACUUAGCCCACAACAGUUGAAAGAGGUUGUUCAUGCAGGAAAGGAGGAGCUGUGGGCCCUGCAACAAAGGAAUUCUUUUCUUGGCAAUAUUUUGCUUGCUAUAUCAGAAAAUUCAACAAUAAUUUCACAUCCUCAACCACCAAGAGAAAUAUCAAGGUACCGUGCAAGAUUGGGUAGGGAUUUAAGGCAUCUUCUGAGAAUGGAAAGAGAUACUUCCGGUGGCCCUUCAGACAGUGAUAAUAAUGGAAAUGAGGAAAUUGAUAAUAUGAGAACUGCGAACUUAUAUGAUGGCAAGGAGAGUGUUCUCACAUCAGUAGCAGAAGAGCAGCCUCUUCAUAAGAUUCCUGGGUUUGAAGAGUACAUUGUAACGGAUGCCCACACACGGGAUCAAAAGCCUCACUUUCCUGUGAAGCCAUCAGCAAGAUACGGUCAUGCUGCCUGUGGGUAUCCUGGAGGCUUCGUCCUUUUUGGUGGAAAACUUGCUACAGGGGAGCUCUCCAGUGAGCUGUGGUACUACAAUGUGAAACAACGCAACUGGUCACUCAGGGCAUUCGAUUCAACAAUAACCCCACCAAAAUUAACUCGCCAUACAGUUACCCAUGAUACAAGGAGAAACUACAUAUAUCUGUUUGGUGGAAGUACAGAAAAUGGAGAAUUUUCGUCAAAACUUUUCAGCAUAAAACUGAAUUUUGAUAAUCCAGAAGAUGAACAGUGGUCUGAGAUACAUGCACGUGGUGGAAAGGAGCUAGAUGUCCGAAUGGUUGCACAUACAACUGUAUACCACCCACAAACAAACUCUUUGAUUGUCUAUGGAGGCAUUGUGGUAGGUGUUGCUCGUUUCUCAAAGCUGAGUGAUAGAAUGUUUUCCUUUCAACUGGAUAGCAAGCAUUGGUCAGAGGUUCAUUACCCUCGGGCCCAUCUCCGUGACACCUAUGUUCCACGGGAGAGAGCAUUUCAUACAAGCACUAUUAUAGGAAAUUAUCUGGUUGUGUUUGGAGGAUAUUCUCAUCGCCAUAACAAAGAGGAAAUUUGCUAUGACAGUCACAUGUACUUAUACCAUCUGGGCUGUCAUACUUGGGUUAGCCAUGAUAUUUUAGGUGUGAGUGACAAAGCCCAAGACUACCGUUAUCCUAAGCAACAAGGUGUUUUUGCUCAUGCAGCAGAUGUUAGGAAUGGAAAUACAUUGCUUAUUGUUGGUGGUUAUCAUGGAAAUGUGAAUGCUGAUCUUUUGGCUUAUGUCUUACCACCAAUGCUGGCCAGCAGGGAAGGUGAAACUUAUGAAGCGGAACAAGUAUGUGGCAGACAUCGAAGUUUCAUGGAAUGCACAGCAAAUCCAGAAUGUGGUUGGUGUUCAGCAGAUGAAGUGUGCUAUGGUCGAACAAUUGGAAUAAACUGCACAACAAAUCUACAAACAACUCGUUGUCCUGGGAUAUGUCCAGCUUUGGGAGACUGUCAUUCGUGCUUGAUACAUGGAACAAUGACAAAUCCAAGUGAUCAGAUACCAAAUAAUCAGUAUUCAUCUGCUGCACCAGUAUCAUCUGUUGCCUCUAAGUUAAAUCUUGGUCAGUGUACUUGGUGUGUCCAGAAUGCUCGCUGUCACCACAAAGAUGAUAAUUUUGGUGUUUGCGGGCUGAGAGAGGACACACCAUCCCAAGUUCCUGGCUGGUGGGGACCAAAGGGUACGGAGAUAAAAAGAGUUGAAGAAUGUCGAGAACUGGACAGAAGACCUGGACUAACUUUCCUUAAAUAUAAGCACCCCGCCAACUGGUCACAGCCUGACUCGGUUACAAUAAUAAAUGCAACUACUGUUGAUUUCAAUAUGGUUGCUACUAACACACUAAUGGAGAAAAAUUUAGAUGGAGAAAUAAUUGCAAGAUUAUUAGGAUUUCUUCGUCCACCAGAUGUUUGGGGUGAUGGAAAAGAGACAUUGCGCAUGUGUGCUAGUUAUUCGUCAGCCGUUUUGCGAAUGUCUCGUGGAAAUGUUUCUUCUGAAAAUAUGCUGGAUGUGGUUGGGAACUUGACAGCUGAUGCUUCCCAGUGUGUCACUGCACAAUGGCAGAAUGGGACCCCUGCUGUGCUUUAUCCAGGUCGUUAUUUGGUGGAUUUUGAAUCAAGGAACAACGUGAGCAAUGGUCCUCAUCAACAAUCAAAAAUGGAACUUCUGCAUAAUAAAAGUCAAGAAAAUGCUAAGGUAUUCACAUUUGAUUAUUUAGAACCAUAUGAGAAUGGCUCUUGCCAUUUAUAUACAAACUGCUUACACUGUUUGGAAGAUUCCCUUUGUGGAUGGUGUGAUUUAAACCAACGAUGCAUGUCAAGAAAGUCAAAUGAGUCAGAAGAAUGUGUAUCCCCCGCAUUGCCAAAUGAAUGGCGCUACCUUACUCUGCUUCCAUCAAGUUGUGCCAAUUGCUCCAACUAUAUUUCCUGUGAAAGUUGCAUUAGCAGUGGCCUUUGUGAAUGGUGGACAGAGGAUGCUCGCUGUGCAAGGAAAGGGAGAUCACAAGAUGCUGUGAUACAGCUGUCAGAGUGUCCUAUGCCCUGCCACCUGCGAAGAAACUGUUCUCAGUGUUUGGAUGACAGAGGGCGAUGUGUGUGGUGUGAAACAAAACAGGAGUGUUUCUCGUUUUCUAUAUAUACCUCUGAGUAUCAGUUUGGACAGUGUCGGGAGUGGGUGGACCAAGUUUAUGUGUUGGCACCUAAUCCUCAAGGACGUGGAAGGCAUGUGGGACUACAAAGCAAUAAUCAGUGCAAGUCUUGCAAGAGGCACACAAACUGUUCCAGUUGUUUACAAAGUUUGGGUUGUGGAUGGUGCUAUAGCCAGGAAAACCCCAUUUUGGGAGUGUGUGUUGAGGGAGAUUUUAGCCAUCCCCAUAUUGACUCCUGCUCUGCUGCAGUAAAUUUGUAUCAUAACACAACACUAGAUAUGAAUGGAACAAGAUGGUCAUACGCAAUGUGUCCUGACGUGGAUGAAUGUGAUUUGGGACUCGAUGAUUGUCAUCCAAAUGCUGAAUGUACAAAUACACACGGUUCCUACACUUGCAAGUGCAAACAAGGAUUUAUAGGAGAUGGAAUUCAUACCUGUGUAAAGACUUGUGACAGUGAUUGCAUCCAUGGGUACUGUGGUGGUCCUCCAGAUUAUGUCUGUAAAUGUGAGCUUGGCUGGACAGGUGAAGACUGUGGUAUUAAUUGUGGUUGCAACAAUCACUCUACUUGUUUAGAAGGUGUUGGGAAAUGUGACAGUUGCCAUGACUGGACUGAAGGAGAAUUUUGUCAGUUUUGCCGGCCAGGAAGUUAUGGUAACGCAACCAGUAGUGGUUGUCAGUUAUGCAAUUGUAAUGAGCACGGGAACUAUAGUAAAGGAAUAUGUGAUCGUCAGACUGGCGAAUGUUUUUGCCAAGACAAUACAGAAGGUCAAAAUUGUGAAAGAUGUAAGAAGGGCUAUUAUGGUGAUCCAAGACAUGGAGGCAUGUGCUAUUAUGAGUGUGCAUCUCGGGGAAUGCUCACUGGAUUAGAAAGUCAAGGAUUAGGCAGCCGUCUUGGACAACUAACUCCAUGGGAACAACGCCAACGUACUAUACCAAUUCAUGAAUGCCUGUGGAUUGUAAGCCCAUUUGAUGUUCAGAACAAGUCUGUAACCUCUCAUCCAAGCCAGUCCAGUGUGGUGCAGUUUACAAUCCAUGAUGAUAUUAAUGUCAGCUGCCAGGAAAAUAGCAUUUAUGUUUAUGAUGGUUUACCAGAUUUCAUGUCAGCAUCAGGCAGCCAUCAGAAUCAUGUACUGGGAGUAUUUUGCUCAGCAGAUACAGAAUACCCUGUAACUGUUGAGGCAAAAUCAGGUAUUUUAACAGUUUAUUAUAAGCAAGCUGACUUGUCAGAGGGAUUUAAUGCCAGUUACACAGUGAUGACAUGUGAGAAAGACUGUAGUGGAAACCAUACUUGUCAUAAUGAUCAGUGUGUUUGUAAAGAUGGCUGGACUGGAUCUAACUGUUCAAUUGUCAUGUGUCCUCGAAACUGUAGUGCCAACAAAAGUCAAGGUGUUUGUGACAAAGCAUACGGUCAGUGUAUAUGCAGUGCAAAUUUUGGCGGCGAGGACUGUUCUGUGGAGCUAAAUAAUACACAGCUAGUGUUUACACAACUGUUUGACACUAAUCGAAUAUCUGAUAGUUUGGAGCAUUUACGAAAAACUAUUCCACGCUUUGGCCAUAGUGUAGUGGCAGACAGGAGAGGUUCAUUGUGGAUGUUUGGAGGCUAUUCACUAUCUAAUGGACCACUUAAUGACAUCAGAUUGUUUGAUACAAGGAACAAUACAUGGAUACCUGUCACAGUAGAUUCCACCAGAGAUGUAAAUAUGCCACAGGGCCGCUAUUUUCAUGCAGCUGAAAUUGUGCACACAACCCAAGACAUUUAUGUAUAUGGUGGCUUAGCAGAAAAGGAACAUGUAACAGGCUUAUCACGAAACGUAUUGAAUGAUUUUUGGAAAUUCAGCCUUAAGAACCAAAGAUGGACUGAUAUUAAGAUUGAAAAAUGUCCACCUCCACUUGCUGGCCAUACACUGACUUUGCACCGUGGACUCUCGAGUGAGUCUGAAAGCUUGGUGUUGAUUGGAGGAUUCAACCCCAAAUAUGGAUUUAUGGAUGUCAUUUGGGAAUACGAUAUUGGUUCAAAUAUAUGGAACAGCCUGAAUACUUCAGGAAGUGGACCCAUAGGAAUUUAUGGCCAUAGUACUGUAUACCAUAACCCAACAGAAAGCUUCUAUGUAUUCGGGGGCUAUAUAUUUGAUUUCAACAGCUCAUUUAUAUCAAGUAAGCUCUACUCUUUUCAUUAUCCAUCACAGAAGUGGUCAGUACUUCCAACCUUUGAGGGUUAUAAUCCAGCAUCGGACCUCUUGCCUCGGGCAAGAUUUUUACAUUCUGCUAUUACAACUGAUGACUAUAUGAUUGUAUUUGGUGGAAGAACAAAUCCACACAAUACCACAGAUUCGCUUAUGGCAUACUCAUAUAUAUGCAACUAUUGGAUCAGAUUAUUGGCUAAAGAUGUUCAUGUAGUCGGUUCCCCUCCACCAGCCACAUAUGCUCACGGUAUGACAUAUGACCCUGAAAAUGGCGCAGCAUAUGUAAUUGGUGGUUUUGACGGAGGAGUGCAAAGUCUCGUAAUAAAAAUUGUAUUUCCCAGAGAUCUCUGUAACUUAUGGACAAGUAAGGACAGAUGUAUUACAUCUGUGGGUUGUUCAUACUGUGAAGUGGCACAUAAGUAUGGAGAAACUACUUCAGUGUGUUAUUCAAACAGCCAGCCACUUGCUGACAGUUGCGAGAGCUCCAAUGGCACCAUUAAAACCAACAAUGGUGUUGUGUGUAAUGCAGAGUGGUUUGCAGGAAGAACAUGUGAGCAGUAUCAAAGCUGCACUGACUGUCUUGCAAAGUGGCCUAGCUACUCCACAGAAAUGAAGGUAUGUGGUUGGUGUGCAAAUUGUAAUUCUCCAAAAUGUGGAGCAGUGGAGGACUUAGAGGACAAAAAAGACACCAAAGAAAGAAUUACUGAUGUUGAACAGUGUCCAGAGAAAAUGUGUCCAGCAUCUGACUGUGAAAAGUGCCUAGAUACAGGUUCAUGUAUCUGGACUAGACAGGUGCAGCAACAUUCUGAUGAUUUCAGAGCAUUAGUGAAUCAGGAACCUAUUUUUAACUGGAGUUGUGUGCCUGAUAGUAUCCCCAAAAGGUCGUCCAUAAAAAUUGAGUCAGCUCCACCAGCUUCGUGUCCGAAUCGCUGCAGUGAGUACAAGGAUUGUCAGAGUUGCUUGAACACUACAGGAUCUGAAGGUGGAUGGCACGAAUGUCGUUGGUCAGUGCAACUUAAUGAGUGUAUUUCCCCUAGUUACCAACCUCUGUACUGUGCUGGUGGUGUAUGUGGUCUGGUAUUAAGAGGUGAUGACAUUGAUCAAUGUCCAGAACAGUGUUCUUCAUUCACACAGUGCUCAACUUGUCUGAAGCAUGCACAUUGUGGGUGGUGUGCUCUUUCAAUGAGUAAUGUCACAGGGCUUGGAGUGUGCACUGAAGGAUCCCUUGACAGUCCUUCAGAUAGACCUUCCCAGGAAACAUGCCGUGCACUCUACUAUAAGCAGCAAGCUGAAAUGUCAGAACAGUUGGGCCUGAACAGCUCUUCGGUGAUAUUGGCAAGCAAAAAUGCAUCUGACUGUUCAGAGGAUGACCUAGAUUGCCCUACAUUUUCAUGGCAUUAUGUGAAAUGUCCUCCAGAGAAUGAGUGUCUAAAUAACCACCAUACAUGUGACAAUAAGUCAGAGAUAUGUGUAGAUGCUGUGGAAGGAUUUACUUGUGUAUGUGGACAAGGAUAUAAGGAAGAAAGAUCUACAUGUGUACCCGUAUGCUCUAAAGGCUGUGUUAGAGGUGUGUGUGUUGAGCCCAAUAUCUGUCACUGUGACUUUGGGUAUGUUGGAUCAAACUGCAGCAUCCAGUGUCAGUGCAAUGGACAUUCAAACUGUGCUGGACCAGACAGACUUGAUGAAUGUAUUGAAUGUCAUAACAAUACACAGGGACGUCAAUGUGAAAAGUGUAAGCCUCUUUAUGUUGGUGAUCCAACAAAUAAUGGCCAGUGUGUGCCUUGUUAUGAAUUCUGCAAUGGACAUGCCGAUAUAUGCGUUGACGUUAAUAUGGCGACAAAGGUAUUUCGUCCGGAUCAUGAGCUACGAUAUCUCCUUGAUCAAUUACAUGAAGGUCCAACAAAUUUAGCUAAAUGCAUAAAUUGUGCAAAUAACACAACAGGUGACCGAUGUGAUGAAUGCAUAUACGGUUAUUUCAGAGGAUCCACAGAUGCUUCUGUAGCUUGUCGGCAAUGUGAGUGCCAUGGUCAUGGAGAUACAUGUAAUCCAGUAACAGGAGAAAAAUGCAAUUGCCAAGAUAAUACUGAGAGUGAUGUGUCAAACUGCAUUAGCAACAUUGGUAGUCUUGGUAAAACUAGCCCAAGUCAACAAGGCCAACCACCUCCAUGUUGGACGCAACAGUGCACAAAAUGUAAGGAGUCAUAUAUGGGAACACCUAAAGACGGUCACCAGUGCUAUAAGCACAUGCUUGCAGACUCACAGUUCUGCUUUGAUGCCAAACAAGUUGAAGAGUGCAGAAUGAAGCCUCACCCUCUGAAGCCAGGAAAGGUGUCGUUUUUUGCUAUACAACCAAAAUUUCUGAAUGUGGACAUACGUGUCAUUGUAGAUGUGACUCAAGGAGCUCUAGAUUUCUUUCUCAGUGCAAGUGAAAAAACUUUCAUUGUGCGGAAUAUCAGUGGAGAACAGAAGGUUGACCUGGACAAACUAUUCCAAUACUCAUUAGUGGAUACCACUGAUAACGCAGCAACUGAAAUAAGAAUGCUUGAUGAUCCACUGCCAGUUUACACUGCAGAAGUGAUUCGAAAUAAUCUUUGGCGAAAGCACAAACUUCUCAUUCUUGAAGCUCUUCCAGAAAGUCUUACAACAUAUAUAACAGUGACAGAGAAAAAUACGAUAUUAAUUGUGCGUAAUGUACAUAACAGAUUGGUCUUAACUUUGCCCCAAGAUAGCCAUGAACUCAACAUGACAAAGUUUUACAUGGCUCUUGUUGCAAGCACAUCUGGGAACAAUACUUCCAAUGUCGCAUAUGGUACAAUAUUUUUCAGACAAGACCAACUUCACAUAGACUUAUUUGUUUUCUUUUCGGUCUUUUUCUCUUGCUUCUUCCUCUUUCUUGCUGCCUGUGUUGUAGCAUGGAAAGCCAAACAAGCAGCGGACUUACGACGGGACCGCCACAGACACGCUGUUGAAAUGUUACACAUGGCGAAAAGGCCAUUUGCAUCUGUUACUCUACUUCUGGAUUCUCUAAAUGAUGACAGUGACCAGCUGCAGAUGCUGCCAUCUCCUUCAUCAGCACAGUCACCUCAUAGGAGGAGGUUGCGGAAGCAGCCACCUGUUACUGUGGGAGACGUAAGACCAGUUGCUGUUGAACCAACAGAUGAUGGUGUCGCUGCUGUUGGGACACUGUUUGUUCAGCUCCCAGGGGGAUCUGAUGCACCUGUUCGUUUAGCAUUAGCAUCAUCACUUAUUCUUCUCGCACGUGUUUAUCCUUUAAAUGGAAGAGCAUUUCUUAGGCGCAGAAGUAGUCAUGCACCGACAUAAGAUGUAUAACAAUAUUUCUUACAAUUUGCAGAAUGUAGUGUACACAGAUCAGAACCCGUGCAGUAAUUUUCAAAUACAUAUCUUCUGUACCAAAGGACUCACAUUCUUCCUCAUGUCCAUUCCAAACAUUUUGUUUGAAACAUCAAGUAUUAUUACAGAAGUUAUAGUUGUGUGGCCUGCUAGUUUUUGGGUUUGAGUAAUCAGUAAGCUAUGCACAAAGUAUUUCUAAGACCUGUGACUGUGAAACAAAAUAUGUGUAAUAAUGCCGGAGCACUUCUGUUCCUUAAGUUCAGGUUAGGAAUAAAAACAACUGAAUGCAGAGAAAAUGUUGCAUGUUUAAAUUUUGUUGUGAGAAGGUCAUCAUAAAAAUUCUGGAAUUAAUAUGUACAUUUUUUAAUUGUAAAUAAGAUAACUCCCACAACUACUUAAAUAAUGAAAUGAAACAUGCAUCUGCUUUCAAAACUUGGUAGAUAUGUAGAUUAGUAUCUAAUGAAAAGGCAAGCUCUCUGUGUUAUUUUUUUCUGAUUAAUGAUGGUACCUAUAUUAGUAAGAUUAUUCUAUAAUCAUUUUCUCCAUAUUGAGAUUUUGAGUCACUCCACCACUGUAUGGUAGCUGGUGAACAGAACAGUCCAUUUGCAAACAGUUUUAGUAAGAACGACCAGUUUUGACAGUAAAGAAUGUCAUUUAAAGUAGCGACAGAUACCUGAAUAAUAAAUAAGCAACAAUAUGUGAGUAAUAAAGUGUAAGGGAGAUAAUCAAACAAAGGAAAAUCCAGGAUGAAAUAAUGACAAUAUUAUGAAAAGGAUGGAUUGAUACCAUAUAGGCACAACAAAAAGACUUUCAAACUAGUAAGCUUUCAGCCAGAAAGACCUUCACUGGAAUUAGAGAAAAAAACACACACAAAUGCAAAUGCAACUCUCACAAACAUGACCACAAUCGUGGGCUGCUGUUUGCUGUCUUGACCUCAGCAGCCAGAGACUGUGGUCAUCUGUGUGUGAGCUGCUUUUGCAUGAGUGUGUGUAUAAGUGUUCUCUAAUUCCGAUAAAGGCCUUUCUAGCCAAAAGAUUGAUUGUUUGACAGCCUUUUUGUUGUGCUUAUGUGUGACUCAGGAUCAUGUCUAUAUGGUGACUAGCAAUCUAUCCUUUUCAUAAUUUUACUAUAAGGGAGAUUAUAUUAUAUAAUCUGAAUAACAUGAUUUUUUUAAUCUACAAAAUACGUAGACUAAGUAAAGUGCCACUAACUAAUAUUCUGAAAGUAAAUGAUAGUCAAAAUAGCUUGUAGGGAGGGGGGAAGAAUGCAACUGAUGAGCUGUAAUGUUCUAACAAGAAAUAAUGGUAAUAAGCUUACUAGUUAUGAUAUUAAGAUCUAAGUCAAGACUGUAAUAGAAAGUGAGAAUACUCACAGAUUGAAGUAAUUGAUAGUUGCUAACCUUCAAAGAAGUGGAUUGGCUUGGGUGAUGGGAGAUGGAGAUGAAUUACUACAAUGAAUUUCUGGCCCUCUACUGUAGUCUGGGCAACUUGUAGGUUGUAACGUAUUAUGUCAGUCAUAGUGCACUGUAAUUACCCUUACACUCUCUUAGUCAUUCCAUGCAACAAGUAUUCUCUAUUUGUUAUUCAAGUAUCUAUUGUCACCUUAAACUAAUUUUUUUAAGGUCAAAACUGAUUAUGUUUAAUCAAACUGUUUGAAAAUGGAACUACCCUAUUCAUCAUUUUAUUACGUAAUACUCAAAGCUAUUGCUUCUUGUUGUGUCCAUUGGAUUCCUUUUUUAUUUUUGUUAUUUGUACAAUUUAAGGUGCUGUUAUUGAAUCUUGGUUGUAGAAGAUUACUUAUGAACCUGUUAGUUAAUGUCUUGUUCAGACUGGCAGUAUCUGACUGCAGAUUUUGUAGGAGAGUCAUUUAUGUAAUGACUUUAUCUUUAAUGGCAGAGCAUCACUCCUGCUGCUAGUAAAGUUAGUGGUGUGAUUACAGAACUGUUGCAAACCUAUGAAGAGAACUGAUUAGAUAGAUACUGAAAAAAUUUUGUACUAUUCUCAAUUGGGUAAGUACUGACGUUGGUACAGGAGCAACAGAAACAUAAGAUAGACAAUGAUUAAACUCGAACUUAUGAAACAGAAGGUUCAUUUCUCAGGCUUUACGACUGAAAUGUGAUUGUAAUAUGUGUCCAAAGUUGACAAAGAUAGUAGGAAGGAAAUUAAUUACCCUAGACCUCUGUGCAACAACGUAAUGGAAGAAAAUAGAUUGCAAAUAUUUUAAUGAAAUUUACAAAAGUGGGAGCUGUUGAUAAGCACAAAGGGCAGAUAAUAAUGGUGAGAUAAUAGAUUGAAAACAAAUGCAGAUAAGUGAAAACUGUUGUUCCUUUGGACUAAUGACCUCAGCAGUUGAGUCCCAUAGUGAUCAGAGCCAUUUGUCGUUCCUUUGCAUCAGCACAAUUUUCAGUGACAUCCUAACAGUUCUGUUUUCCACAGCUACUCUUAAUCUUGUGCAUUAAUAGCUUUCUCAGCAACAUCUGAUUAAAACUGUCGGUGGGUGGGUGGGGAACCAGCUGUGUAGCUGCCAAUGGAAAAUUUUCUCAUAGACAUAAUAUUAUCUCUGACAUGAUAAUUUUUAAUGUGACUGAUCUCUGUAAUGAGAGCCAUCCUGCAUACCUCACUUGACAUAUAUCGCUAACUUCAGUUGUUCCCCAGACACAAUUCACAGCCAUGCAUUUGCAGGAAGAUAUCUCCCGCACAUACAGGUUUUCAUGUGAUGAAUUUCUACUGUCUCCUAUUGCAAAUCAUGUAAGAUAAAGAAUGUGCUCCGCAUUGCAAAUAAAUGGUUCAUGAUGACUGUCGUUCUGUUUGGGCUACAUUGAUCUCCUCAUUCCAGGACUAAUGUGCUGAGUUUUAAGCAUAAGGAUUGAUUGUCACCAUCUUCCAUGACCUUUUUUAACAGUAGCAUCAUCCAUAUUACUUCUUUAUUAAAAAAAAAAUCUUUGCUCCUUCCAAUUAACUUUUCUUACAUCCAACUUUUUAUGCUCUCCCAAAAUAAAUUUUUUACUCAUUUCACAUACAUCUGCAGCUAUACAUCUCUCUCAUCCAUUGCAUUUCAUAAUUGGCAAUCUUUGCUGUCUUCACUGCCCACAUGGGGGUAUGAACUACUUUGAAAUUGUCAGGCUCAAUGCUCUAAUAUGUUUGUCCCCUGUCUCCCAGCGUUUUUUUUUUUUUUUUAUCCAGAGAAUGAAUCUUCUGUUGCAGAUCAAAGAUGUAUCAUUAUUAGUUACAUAUCUUAUAUUUUUCUCAGUAUAAUUGUGUUACAAUUCCCGAGUUCAUAAAUUAGAACGUUACUUCAUAUCUCAGUUAUACGAAUAUUUUUUGAAUCACCAGGUCACUUGUUGUGUCUUCUUGUUUCAAAUACAACCAGUUUCAAUAUAUUGCCAGGUAGGAUUAAAAGGAGAAUUGAUCUUUUGUCAGGCAGCUGUAAUCAUAUAUUUGUGUGUUAAUAACGGCAAUCUACUUCUAUUAAAAUAACAUUGUCAUUGACUUUUAGUGAGUUCAAGGGAGCAGUUAACUGUACUCUUUCUUGAGCACUACAUGCUCACUGUGUUGCUGUUUUGCAGAGCUUUGCGAAAUUUGGCUGCCUGCACACUAGCACAACUGUCUCCCACCACUGUUGUCAAUCACAAAGCUAUUUAAGCUGUAGUUGCUGGCAACCAUUCCACGUAAGUGUUGUAAUGUAAUGUUAAUUUAUUAAUUGUGGUGUACCUUUUCUUUAUUGUUGUAACAAUUUGUUUUAACGUAGUUCUUUAAAGGCCUUUUCUCUUGUAUAGAUCUUGAUAUAUUUUGUGUGUGUCUGUAAGGUGAUCUGACUAUAAGUGUUCUGAAAGGUCAGCCUAAAGAUUUCAUCGGAAAGAGACAAUACUCUUGGAAGUGGGUUACUCCUUGAGUGUUCCUCUUGACUGAUGAUUUUUUCAGCUGGUAUUCAGCCAGAAACAUCGUCUAGCAGUGUGCUAUGUUUCCUCCUCAUUCUGCUUUUCUGAAAAAUAAGAAAUUUACUUGGCAUUCCUGAAAAAAACUGGAAAAUGACUUUUUUACUUUUCUUGAAAUUUGUAAAUAUUGUAAAUCCAUGUAAUAUUUCUUUUUUAAAAUAUGAUGAUAAAGAGAAAAUGCAAUAAUAGUAGCAGCAAUUUUUAAGGAAGACUAAUAAGGGAAAACAAAAGGAAAGAUGGUGUUCACGUUUAUAAAUACUAUCUUUAUAGAAUUUGUGAUCAAACUUCUGCAAAUUAUGUUAUCAUUUCUGUCUCUCCAAGACAAACAAACACAAAAUUAAUCUGUUCAGACAAAGCAUGAAAUGUUUUGUUAACCUGCAGCUCACAUUAAAAGGCAUAGUCUUUUGAAGUUCAUAUUUUUGUAGAUAUUCUGAUAAGGAAGAAAUAUUGAACAGCUAUUUUUUUACUUUAGAAUACAAACAGAGUCAAAUUGCAGGACAGUAUUAAAUAUAAUAGAAUGUAAUAUCAUUGUGUACAUAAUGUAAACUCCUAUUGUACUGAGUGAGAUAAACAUGUAAGACUCUCAUAAUAUUUUGUCAGUAUUAUGUUAUGUGAUAACAAACUGUAUUGCAAAGGUAACCUUGUGGUCCUCAAACUGUGUAUGGCUUUUAACACCAAUAAAAGCCCCUGAGAGCCAGUGAACUAAACACUUUAAUGUUUGACAUUUUGAUGCACCUAAAGAUUUGGUAGUAAAACAUUUAACAUACCCUAUAGAAAAUUUAAAAAAGUAAGUUAAAGACACUACUGUGUUUUCAAGAAAACAGAACUAAAGAGAAUAGUUUUCACAAUAAAAAGAAAGUAAUGUGCACAGUUUCUGAACCACAAGGAGUAAUGUAAAUGAAUGACUGUGUAUCUUUGAUGUAUAUGAAUGCUUCCACUUUUAUAUAUUUUUAAAUGCCAUUUUCUACUGUCCUGUAGGAUGAAGAAUUUAUAUGACAAACAUGGUAUGUUGUUUUGUUUAAAACAAUUACGAUGCAGUCUUUCGUAAGAAUGAGAUUAUUGUCUUGUUUGAUACUACUUGAGAACUUGUAAAUAACGUAAAUCUUAUGGUUUGGACAUAGACAGAUAGUAUAAAUAUCUGUGUUAUCAUUUUGAAUAGUUUAAUAUUAUAAUUUAUGUGCUUGUGAAUUUUUGUCUGUUUUUGUUGGUGAGAUGUUUUAUCUCCUUCUGAAGGCUGAACAAGAAAUAUCAUUUAUAUAGCAUUCCACAACAGUUUUUAAAUGAAUGAUCUGAUGUGUACAUUAUCUGUGUAACUGAUGAUAAUUUCUCAUCAGUUGUUUAUCAUUUAUUUUACUUGAGGCAGCUAUAUCAAAAAUUGGGAAUAAAGUUUUACAUCAUGAAUUCA